GCCGCCGCUUGUGUGUGGCGUUGUGUGGGUGUGUGCGCAGUUCACGGAGUUCUGUUAAACGGAUUAUAAAAGAGUUAGCUGGAGUUUAAUAAAAAAUCAUGCCUGCUUGUGGUUCAGCCAUUGCUUCGGCCAGGCUGACCAUCUGUAUUUACUGAGCUGAGGGAUGAAGAGCAGAAAACAGAGGUCCGUCAAAGCAGGAAGCAGUAAAAGAAAAGCCCCCAGCGACGUGUCCCCAUCCACCAGCCUCCCUCCUCUGGUCGAGGGCCAACUAAGAUGCUUCCUGCGGGUGACAAUAAGCCGGGUAUUAUGGACAGUUCACAAGCCUCCGUCUGCAACAUUCAUCAGGCUGCGCUGGUGGGGAGAGUCAUCCAAUGGGACACACUUCUUUCCGAGAGAUGGAUCUCAGGCAUCACAGAUGACCCUCAAGACCACAGCUCGCUUCCCCAUCCGCUGUGGGCCAAAGCAAUUCACCUCAUAUCUUACAGAUAUGGGCUCUCUGGUACUGGAAGUCCUGACAAAACCGGAUCAUUUGCCGAUCGCACGGGCUCAGGUUGCCGGCAUCUCACGUCUCUCUCUGUCACACCCCAUCAGUGGAUUUUACACCCUUGUAUCUCCUACAUCUGAGAAGCUGGGAGAGUUACAGGUUUCCCUUAAUUUGGAGCCUCUCACAGAAGCCUAUGACAGCAGCAGCUCAGGCCCCAUCACCGAUAUCAGCAUUGAAGGACCACAGGUCACCACACUGACUGUGCCCUCGCAGCAAAGAUCUCUCUCAGCUGGCAGCGGGAAAGAAUCAGCUGGGAGCAGCAGUGGAAACACACCAAGGGGGAAAGACCACUUGUAUUUCCAAUAUGCCCAGAAAGACAAAGGCAAAGAAGAGUCACUGGAGAAUCAGAUGCCAAGAACAAACAUAUCUCAGAACAGUCAAACACCUGUGAACCAUUCAAGCCGGGAGCCAUGUGGCCAAGCAACCAAUGAUAUCCUCUCAGUUAUUCUAGAGCGUGGAAAUAAGCUAAGAAAUGCUAUGGUGGUUUCAGCUUUGAAAUGUGACAUGGAUUCUGCCCCAGCUCUGAAAGACACCCCUCUGCCUCUUCCAAAGGAUAACAUCCUCCCACCGUCCAAGUUCCCUUCUCCAUCUGGGAUAUUUCUUCAAAAUAUUCUUCAUGCUGAUUCAACUCUGAAGCACUCUGAGGAUGUUGCAGUGGUCUCAGACUGCAGCUUAGACUGUCCUGCUGACAUAGAUAACAGAGCUGUGGAUCUGCUCCUUGGCAGCUUAAACACAUCUCCUUUGCCUCUCUGGGAUGGAGAGGGUUCCUACCCUGAAUCUCUGUCUGGCCAUAGCAGUGUGUGUGGCGAUAGUGAACUCAGUGAUCCACAAUAUGAUCAGAGCCUACUGGAAAAUUUGUUCUACAAACCUCCUAUGUCCGAUAUCAGACCAAAUGAUACUGAGGCAGAGGGUCAAGGAACAGUGUCCUCAUGUAAAGAUCAGCCUAAACAGCUGACACAGUCUGGACCUAAGACUAGUGGAGGUCUAAAUUCAGGGCCUCAGCGGUCUACAGAUGCUUGUGGCAUUGCUCCUGGCCUGAGUGCAGAGCGGUUGACUUCGCUGAGUUUGAUCCGGCUGGCAAGAGUGACUGUCGACUCCCUGGUCGUACCACCAGGCAGUACAAACACCACACCCAGAAAGACUUCAACAAAAGGGAGGCCUCCUCGACCACUAACCAGCAAGAAGUGCACUUAUUUUAUCGAGUACGUGUUCCCGAUCCCUUCCUCUUCCAGUCGACAUGAUCGCAGUAAGGGAGGAGAUGGGGAGGUGACCAGAGCUGUAGCCAGUAAAGUAACAGGAGGAGCGGUGAAAUUCCAUCAGCACUCUGUGUUUCCUGUCCACUUCAGUACAGCAGCAGUUAAACAAUGGUGGGAAACCGAUCUGAUUUUCACAAUUUACUCACGAAAGAAUGACCAAAAGAAACCUGUUCCCAUUGGUAAGGCGGUUCACCCACUGCGCUCUCUGCUGCAGAGCAAGCAGCUGAGUCAGUCUGUCGUCUUACAUGUACAGAGCGUGGAAGUAAAUAAUGAAACACAAGAAAUUGGACCUCUCAAGGUGUCGCUAGAACUUGCUACAGACAACAAAGAUUUCUCUGAAAGGAGUAUAAGCAAACUAGCUAGGAGAGGCAAAUCCCCUUCAAAAACUGCACCAAGUCCACAGAGAGAGACCAGCUUCACAUCUCAACAUGUUGACCUUGGCAGGAAGGAGCUACUAGCUAUCUUUGAAGACUCCAGACUGAACGUUUGGAGUCCUCAGAAACCCUCGAAAGAACCCUCUCCCCAUCCUGGCCUCCACACGUCCCCUCAUAAAUCACAGCAUCAGGUGGAGGAGUACCCUGAGGUCCUGCUGCACACUUUACUCAUGGUGCCAGAUGGAAAGAACUUCAACUGCGGGCCCAUGCAGGCUCCAAACGUGUACUUGAAUUGUAAACUUUUUUGGUGCGAUGAGACAGCACGAUCUGUCAUCAGCUGGGGUCAGGCAAAUCCUACUUUCAACUUUGUUCAGGUGACUCCUGUGGCCUUGACAGCUAAGCUGCUGGAGCGGAUGAAGAAUAAUAUGAUGGUAAUCGAGGUGUGGCAGAGGACAGGAGGCUCACGACAGGAUCAACUCCUUGGCCUGGUUAAAUUACCUCUCCACCAGUUCUACAUGUCAUUUAGGGAUCCAAAGAUUGCCCACCUUCUUCUGCAGGCGCAGUACCCUGUUUUAGGUGUGGACUGCUACAUGCCAGUCAUUGAUGUGUUCUCAGGUAGCUCUAAAGGGAACCUAAGGGUUGUUUUGGCUCUUGGCCGAUCAGAGCAGAUAGUUGCCCUCCAGCGCACGAGGAAUGAAGAAUAUGACAAUUUAUCUCAUCAUGUGAGACCACUUCAUCUACUUGAACACCAGCCACAUUCACAAACAAAGGUGAUUGCAGCGCAAGCAGAAACUAUGAGAGAGCACCUGUUUGUGAUAAGAGUGGAGAAGUUAAAUGGGCUGACACCUCUGCAGUCCACAGUGUGGGGUGAGGCUGACUGCUACAUCCAGUACAGUUUCCCCUCUCAGGAGGAUGACCCUGCUACAAAAGUGGACCAAGACCUCAUAGAGAGCAGCGUGAACCUGAAGCUGUUUCGUACGACCACAACUCUGUGUGUCCCUGACCCGAUGUUUGGCCACACUGAGACUCAUGUGCUUCUGGCUCCUGAAGGAGUGCCUGUUCAGAGGCUGCUGCUCAGCUCUCUUUCAAGUCAAGGCCUAAGCAGUGGAGGGGGUGUCCAGUUUGAAGUGUGGUGCAGAUAUUAUUAUCCAAAUGUUCGAGACCAGCUUGUGGCCAAAGGAAUGCUUCCAUUGUCCAAACUGUGUGCCAUGGUCACCAUGCAGAGACAGCAUCCCAACGAGGCUCAAAUGUUCUCCCUGCCCCUGAUUCCCAGGACAGACAGUCCCACAGGACACCAGCCUCAACCCUCAGGCCUGCUGGAUGUGUGCAUUCGGUACAAGCACCGACCAGUGAGACCUGAAGGGCAGACUGGUAAAGGAUCUGCCUCUCGCGUUGUGACACUCGUGGUUCAAGUGCACAGAGCAUCAGGUCUGCAGGCCGCAGCAAGGGUUGUAUCUGAACAGGAUGAAAGAUUCAGCUACUUUGCCAGUGUGGGAGUGAACACAUACAUCACAGUGCAGCUCUCCUUCCUGCCUGAGAGUGUGCGGAGGAGCACCCGCAUAGCCGCGAGGACCUUCUGCCCGGAGUUCGACCACCACAUGGAGGUGUCCUGUGACCUGCUGAUUCAGAGGAGCAGUGGAGAAACCUGCAGCCUGGCUGAGCAGCUGGAGGAAGCGACUGCUGUCUUCACUGUAUGGAACAGAGACAAUCGCAAAGCAGUGCUCACUCAUAAGCCAAAGGAUGUGAUGUUGGGCACAGUGAAAAUACCACGCGAUCUCAUCCAUAAAAGAACAGGUAUUUCCGGCUGGUUUGGAGUGUAUGUACCUCAGGAAACAAGUUCUUCUCAGCAUCACCACAUCUUGGUCGGGGGCCUCGAGAUCUCUGUCAACUUCGCCCACCACUCAGACAGGGAAAGGGUCAUUAAAGCUGCUCAGGGUGUGGGCUGGGGAAUAGCCCAGAAUGAAAUGCAAGAUGAUGAAGAAGCCUGGGAAGACAGCAUGAGAAAAAUGUCUUUGACUUUUUCAAUGCCUAGAGCGUGGAUACCUGUCCACUGCUUGCUUCUGCCAGGACACAGGGCGAUUUUGCGCUCGACUUACUGCUACUUUAGGUAUAAGUUCUACGACCAGGAUGCCUUCUGCUCCCAGAUGAAACACCCCACUGUUGAGGGUGGGGAGGGAGGAGAGGCCACUGCCACUUUCCAGGGAAGUAGAACUGUGGAGCUAAGGAGCACUCAGCCCUUGAUGUGGUAUCUUCGAGAGGAGAGGCUAGAGGUUCAGGUGUGGAUUGCCUUUAAAAAAGACAAAACCCAAAGACCCCGAGACACAGACCGACUGGUGGGUUCAGCGUUUAUCGACCUAUCCUCUCUUGCAAAGACGCCCAAGCAGAAGCUUACUCUCAGUGGAGUCUAUCCACUGUUCAGACGCUCAGCAGUGGAUCUACAAGGGGCUGCUCUCAGAGUGCACAUCACCCUGACAGCAGGUUUUGUCCCUUUGGAGGCCUCUGCUGGAGUUGACACACAAGUGGACUCGGACAGCCAGGGGGAACUCUUACCAGAAGAGGAAGAAGCAGCAGAUAGAUCCCCCUCGCCUACUACACCCAAACAAUCACACAGGGAAAGCAGACACAAGAAUAAAUCCUCCAGAACAACACCAGACAUUACAUCUGUGCAGCACACAGCAAUGAGCACAGAUGAAUCUUUCCCUGUGACUGUUGCAGUUGACCGGGCGAUGCACCUGAAUCUGAAAGGCUGUCCUCUAGCAGAGCGCAGUGAAGGGUCACCAUGCUGCUGUGUUUCAUACGUCACUGCCGACUCAGCUGAACCAGCGUCCACAGCUGUCAUAGCCAACACUGACAGCCCUGUGUGGGACCAUCAUCAUGAGUGCAGGCUUUCAAAGCAGCUACUGGUUGAUCCACAACAAUCUCUGGUGUUCAAAGUCUGGCACAAAGGGGAAAUGGAGAGGGUGAUUGGAUUUGCUUCUGUAGACCUGUCUCCCUUACUCUGUGGGUUCCAGUCAGUGUGUGGUUGGUACAACAUCACAGAUUUCAGCGGUCAGUGUCACGGUCAACUCAAAGUGUCCAUCACUCCACUAAAGGGGAUCCAAGACCUCCGAGGACAGAGAAAAAUUGUGAAUGAAGAACCUUCCAAAAACACGUCGGCACUCCCUCUCAGCUACCACACCACAGCCACAUACAGCAGCUUCCCCUCUCACAUCAGCCGAUACCCUGAGCAGAAGAUCUCGUCACCUGACCACACAGACAGGCUGUUCUCUGAAAGGUCUAGUGAGAGUGACCGCCAUUUUGAACACAUGGACAAAGUACGUCUUUACCAUCAGAGUCUGCAGGAGCAAACAGCAGCUAAUUCUGUCGGUGGCAGUGUUGGCGACAUCGAUCCCUCCAGCUCAUUCCUGUUUUCAGCACUCAGGAAUAAACUAAGUGAACUCGACAACAUCCAGAGAUACUUCAGUCGCAAGCUUUCAACUCCCAUAUUCCCGUCCAUGACCAAGCAAGACUGUCACACCAAGCCUGAGGAACAGAGGAACACAGAUACAUGUCAGCUUUUUCUCAAGUCCAACCAAUUAGUUGGAGAAGUCAACAAUAUCAUCAGUGGUCUACGAGGACAACACCUAGACACAAUUCCCUCAAACACACAGAGCAGCUCAACAACUUCCCCUGUUGCAGACAUCGAUCCUCAAACUAUCCCUGAGAGUAUCUCCAGUCGACGCAGAUCUUCAAAUUCUUCCCAAGAUGAUGUGUCUCAUCUGCUCUCUCCAUUGGUAAAGAUGUCUGAAGACCAUAUAGAGUCUGAGCCUGAGGAAGAACAACACAGACAAAACUACAACGUUGCUGCAUCGGAGGAUGAAAACGAAGAAGGUGCGUGUGAAGAUGAAGAUGGGAAAGGUUGCAGACAGGACAAGGAACCUGAUGACGACGAAGAGGAAGAAGAUUACGAAGAGGUCGUGGUGAAGCCGAGACAUCUGAAUGAGGUGACUUCUUUAACAGACAAAACCAGUCCCUGGACCAGCAUUCUGUCAGACCCUGACAUGAUUUCUCUGGAGAGCUUCGAGGCAUCAGAGGAGCCGGACCAGAGCCAGAACGAGGACGGGAAGCCGCAGAUGACAAAUCUCCAAACUUAUUACUGUAGUGUGAAACACAGAUGUGCCAGACGAGAGGAAAGGGACAGUUCUAAUGGAUCAGCAGGAGACGCGUCAGACACAGACAGAGAGGAUGAAAGGACACUACAAGCUUCAGAUGAGAGACAAGCAAAAGAAUCCAAUGAGAGGUCAGCUUCAUCACCCACAGAUACCCAUGAUGCUUCAUGCUCCCUGGACAAUCAAGACACUCCACUGCAACCCUCGGUACAUGUGGAGGUCCCUAAUUUCUUCCUCCCCUCUCACCAACUGGAGGCAUCUAUGAGAGUCAUACGAUUAGCUCCUUCAUUCUCCAAGUCAACCAGUGACCCAGGCAGAAGCUCUCCAGUUCACGGCAGUCAACAUCUCAGAGGUCCUCGACAGCGUCCCAACAUGUCGCCAUUAUCCAUGAAGAAAGAAACUGAAAGAAUAGCAAAAAUAUUUGCAGCUCACUUUGACGACAAGCAGUAGUUAGCCUACGUGGUGGUUUUGUGUGUUAAACAGUUAUUAUCACAUUUAUAAUAGUCAAUGUUUUCAGACCAUGGAAAGAUCAUGUAAAUUAAAUGUAACAUUUGUAUUUUUAUAAAUAAAUAUUAACUGGA